CAUCAGGCCAGAGGAAGGAGGAGCUCCACUCUUGAAUAAAGUUGCAACAGGGAGACCAGAUGUGCUUCCUCCUGGAGAAAGCACUCGGAUGCUUGCAGUGCCUGAGAAAGAAGCACAGCUCUUCUUUGGAGGCCUUUCUCUCUCCUCUCAGGCUACGACAGACUGAGGCUGGAUCUACAUUGCCAUAUAAUCCAGAUUAUCAAAGAAGAUAAUCAGAGCCCAUGGAGUCCGCAGUGCCACCCAAUUUCUCCUGGGUUGAACCCAGCCGGCUCGCGGGACUAGCCAUGCCCCGCUUGCCCGCGCAUUACCAAUACAUGUAUGACAACGGCAUCCGGCACCUUAUCUCUCUCACCGAGCGCAGCCCCCCGUAUCACGACACUUGCCCCGGCAUCCAAGUGCACCGCUUGCGCAUCGCUGACUUCCACCCGCCGUCUCCGGAGCAGAUUCAGCGCUUUCUGCAGAUCGUGGAAGAUGCCAGUGCCAAGGGCGAGGCUGCAGCCGUGCAUUGCAUGUUGGGAUUUGGCCGAACUGGAACCAUGCUGGCAUGUUACUUAGUGAAGACCCGGAAAAUCUCUGGCGUGGAUGCCAUCAGGGAAAUCCGGAAACUGCGCAACGGCUCAAUUGAAACACCUGACCAGGAGAAGGCUGUCAUCCAAUUCUACCAACGAACUAAAUAGUCAGAGCAACAAGCUGGAUCUUUAGGAUUACUCCCUUUUCUGCUUCUAAAUAACCAAAUUCAAAGAAGUUUUAUAUACCUUGGGUUUCAUAGGGGUGGAAAAGGGUUGCGAGUGCAAAAAGGUUUAAGGAGCCUUGAUCUCAAUUAAAGUUUCUACUUGUUUACAUUGAUUUUACAAUCAAAGCUGGGGAGUUAAUUUGCUUUGGAUGCACAUUUAUGGGGCUUUCUUUGUAGCCUUUUAAGCUGCUUUAACCUAUGGUUUUUGGUAUGUUUUAACUUGUCUAACUCAUUCCUUGUUUAUUUUACCUAUAUGGUGUCCUUAUAAUAAAAAAGGUGGGAUAGCAAUGAUUUAAUAAUAAAUCACUUUUUGGGGAGCGUAA